AUGGCAGAGGGUGUCAGGAAACUGAAGGGGUGCAGGAGGCGGGAGCUGAUGGCAGAGCUGGGGGCAGGGCUGGAUCCCGAGCGGUGGUGCCUCUGCGCUGGCUCUCAGGCUGGGGUCCGGCGCCCCCGCGCGCCCCUGUCCCCGCAGGAAUGUUCCCCGUACGCGGCCCACCUGUACGACGCCGAAGACCCGUCCACGCCGCUGCGCACGGUGCCCGGGCUCUGCGAGGACUACUGUCUGGACAUGUGGCAGACGUGCCGGGGCCUGUUCCGCCAUCUGUCGCCCGACCGCGAGCUCUGGGCCCUGGAGGGCAACCGCGCCAAGUUCUGCCGCUACUUGUCGCUGGACGACACGGACUACUGCUUCCCGCGCCUGCUGGUCAACGAGAACCUCAACCUGAACCUGGGCCGCGUGGGCGCCGACGCCAAGGGCUGCCUGCAGCUUUGCCUGGAGGAGGUGGCUAACGGGCUGCGCAACCCGGUGGCCAUGGUGCACGCUCGGGACGGCACCCACCGCUUCUUCGUGGCCGAGCAGGUGGGGCUGGUGUGGGCCUACCUGCCCGACCGCUCGCGCCUGGAGAAGCCCUUCCUGAACAUCAGCCGGGCCGUGCUCACCUCGCCCUGGGAGGGCGACGAGCGCGGCUUCCUGGGCAUCGCCUUGCACCCCGGCUUCCGGCACAAUGGCAAGCUCUACGUCUACUACUCGGUGGGGGUCGGCUUCGAUGAGUGGAUCCGCAUCAGCGAGUUCAGGGUCUCCGCGGAGGACAUGAACACCGUGGACCACAGUUCUGAGAGGAUAAUCCUGGAGAUCGAAGAGCCCGCCUCCAACCACAACGGGGGCCAGCUGCUGUUCGGAGACGAUGAGUACCUCUACAUCUUCACUGGUGACGGCGGGAUGGCCGGAGACCCCUUUGGAAAAUUUGGAAAUGCCCAAAACAAGGGGGUAGGAAGGGCUCUGGGCCCCAGCUCGGCCUGCAGCUGGGGACCCCCAGCAAGUCGCUUCCGCUCGCCAGUUAGACGGGAUAAUAAUAAUCUCCAGGGGGAGGCUUGUCCGCCUCCCUGUGUCCCCCACCCCCACCCGGUGGAGACCAACCGCGCGCCCUUGAGGACACUGAUCCUGGAUCCGUUCCCCACCCCAGAGGAUGACGUGCUGCCGAUAUUCGCCUACCCGCACAAGCUGGGCAAGUCGGUCACGGGAGGCUAUGUGUACCGGGGCUGUGAGUACCCCAACCUGAACGGCCUCUACAUUUUCGGCGAUUUUAUGAGCGGGCGUCUGAUGUCCCUCCGAGAGAACCCGGAGACCGGCCAGUGGCGCUACAGCGAGAUCUGCAUGGGUGGAGGCCAGACCUGUGCGUUCCCGGGCCUCAUUAACAACUACCACCCUCACAUCAUCUCCUUUGCAGAGGAUGAGGCCGGGGAGCUGUACUUCAUGUCGACGGGCGUGCCAAGCGCCACGGCAGCCCACGGGGUCGUCUACAAAGUGAUCGACCCCUCCAGACGGGCACCACCCGGCACAUGCCAGACCCAGCCCACCCAGGUGAAGGUGAGGAGCCGCCUCAUCCGUUUCGUGCCCAAAGAAAAGUUCAUCCGGAGGGCAGAGAGCACCCCACGGCCCACAGCACGAGCACCCACCAAGGCGCCCCGCCGCAGCCGCCCCACGGCCGCUCUGCCGGUGCCCACCCCGCGGCCC